UCCAAGUUGCUACUAUUGAAACGUUUAGUCGGGAAGUUAAAAAGUAUUCUUCAUGUGAAAUCGAUCAAGAACAGAAAUAGAAAUGUUAAUUGGAAAUGCGGAGUACAAUAAGGACACUGACCGCCAUUUGCAACCGGAAUUUCGACCCUUCGGUUUUUAUUUUUAGUUUUCGGUUUUUAUUUUUAGUUUUGAGUAUUUAUCUUUAGUUAUUUGAGAACCGGAUUUGGGGAGAAAUGGCAGCGUUGCUCGUGCAAGGCCUUGGCGUAUUUCAUUUUUCCUUUGAGUAUAAGAGAAGGCGGGAGAGUUGAGACGCGUCGUAUUUCGGUGGUGGUUGUUGUUGCGACAAUUGCACCUGUUUGGGGCUCUUCCGCUCUCGUGCGGAUCAAAACGUCAUGGAGCUGAAACAACUCGGUGUGUGGCCGAGGCGAAUUCUUUUGGCCGGCACUUUGUUCCUCAUCUCCAUUCUCUGCGGGACGACACAAUUCCGGAACGCAUCCAGCGUCGCUCUUGACUCUCAGUGGCAGAAAAUUCUCCGUCUUUUUGGACAUGACGAGUUUUCCUUGUUCGUUUGGGGUUGCAUACUCUCCAUUCAAAUUCCGUUUUGGAGUGUCAGCACUUUGUUCGUGUUCUUGGACUACUUCAACCGGCCGAAAUGGGUACGCAAAUACAAGAUCCAACAGGGCACCAACGAACCAAUCAAUUUAAACAAACUUGUCGAGACGGUGAAAGUGGUGUUGAUCAACCAAUGGCUCAUUUCUAAUCCAGCCAUGGUCGCCAAUUAUUUUCUCAAAAAAUUGACCAACACCAUGCCGAUUAUCUACGAACUACCCACUCCCCAGCGCUUUUUAUGGCAAUUUUUCGUCUUGGUUGUUAUCGACGAGAUUGCUCAAUAUCACUUGCACAAGUUAAUGCAUCACCCGAAAUUGUACGCCAAGGUGCACAAGAAACAUCACGAGUGGACAGCACCCGUGGCUCUCUCCUUUGCGUACAGCACCAAGACGGAAUAUGUCGUAAACAUGAUUCCAGUAGCGCUGGGCCCAAUGUUGAUGAAUCCUCACCUAGUCACCUUGUGGAUUUGGUACAUAUUCGUCCACCUCAGGGGCAUCAACAACCACACGGGCUAUCAAUUCCCGUGGCUUCCGACUGCGGAGCACCACGACUACCACCACAUGUCGAGCCAUUCCUGUUACGGUCGAACGCUCGCCAUGGAUUGGCUACACGGAACGGACAAGGGUUUCUGGGCUUACCGGGCCAGGAAGAAGGGCACAACUGCUCAACAACUGGAUAACAAAUCUGAAUGAGAAAUGAGUUUUUUUUUAAUUUAAAAUAUUUCUGAAUAAUGUGUAUUAGGUAACCUAACCCGAAUCGAAUGUUGUUAAUCUGUUUAAUAUCGUUCCAAUAUAGAUCGAAUCGCGAUUAAAUAAUUGGAAUUUUU